UCUCGCAGCCAGUCUGAGCGGAUAACGAAAGCAAACGGAGAAACAGAUCGAAUAGAACGGCCGAGCAACACACGGGAUAUAGCCUACUUCAACACACGGGAUAUAGCCUACUUCAACACACGGGAUAUAGCCUACUUCAGGGGUUGAUAGAAGAUUGUUUGCAUCGACCGUCCGUGUGUCAACUAUUUGGAAGAGCCAGGAUGUCCAGUGAGGUGCAGCCCAGCUCAAGGCAGGACGACAGUCCCAACACCAGUGGGGGCAGCUGGGACGUGGAGCAGAGAGAGGUGGCCCCUCCGGUUCAGGAGCAGGCUCAGGAGAGGGAUCAGACAACGCCCAAGAAGAAAGAGGCCAAGAUAUCCAGCAAGACUGCUGCCAAGCUCUCCACCAGCGCCAAGAGGAUUCAGAAGGAGCUCGCUGAGAUAACCUUGGACCCGCCACCUAACUGCAGUGCGGGUCCAAAAGGAGACAACAUCUAUGAGUGGAGAUCCACCAUCCUGGGACCACCAGGCUCUGUGUACGAGGGAGGGGUCUUCUUCCUAGAUAUCGCCUUUACACCAGACUACCCCUUCAAACCACCCAAGGUGACGUUCCGUACCAGGAUCUACCACUGUAACAUCAACAGUCAGGGUGUGAUCUGUCUGGACAUCCUGAAGGACAACUGGAGCCCCGCCCUCACCAUCUCCAAGGUGCUGCUGUCCAUCUGCUCCCUGCUCACUGACUGCAACCCUGCUGACCCUCUGGUAGGAAGCAUCGCCACCCAGUACACAACCAACAGACCAGAGCACGACAGGAUAGCCAAACAGUGGACCAAGAGAUACGCCACAUAGUCUGACAGCAAGGACCUCCACUGUCCCCCUCCCAGACCCACCACCACCACCCAAAAUCUGUGGAGGACACCGACCCCUCACCCCUCCGCCCCUAGCCUGGCCCCAGAUCUGGUUGUGUUGUAUAGCCAACUCCUAUAGUCAUCACAUGUCAAACAAUGAAUUAUUGGUAUGUUUGGUAUGACAAUGAUGAAUUACAUUGACAUUUAAGUCAUUUAGCAGACGCUGUUAUCCAGAGCGACUUACAAGUUAGACCAAUAGUAUUUGGCUAUACAGCACAAACAGAUUUGGGACCAAGCUACUUUGCCCCCCACUCUCAGCCCCAAAUCUGUGGAAGCACGCCCACCUGACCUGAUCCCCCCCACCCCCACCUUCCUCAUCACAGAUGGCACCUUCAUUGGGGAGUACGGGCUCAUAGUAAUGGCUGGAACUGAGUGAAUGGUAUCGAACACAUGGCACACCCAACCCUCCUCUGACAACAUGAACUGUUAUUUGUCCCAUGCAGACACUUGAUCACUUCUUUUUUUUAUACAAAGAGUAUAUUGGGAAUUUCUUUCCAAUACACCGAAUGUUGAUAUGGUCAUGAAAAGCUUUAAUACUGUUAUUCUUGUUGUUGUUGGUAUUAUUACAUUGUUUAUUGCUUUUUUUUAUAUGCAUUAUCAUUCGUUUUUUUAAUACUAGACCCUUUAUGUGAUUGAUGAAAAAUGUAUUCUAUUCUAGAGCAUUCUAGUCCAUGCAUUCUAGAGCUCAUGCAUUCUAUUAAGUGUUGUUGUUUAAAAGGUCAUUUUCAAUGUAAGCCUGUCUGCAGAAUUAGUGUCUACAAAUGCAGAAUAGACUUUAUUCUAUGAUUAAUCAUUUGAUGUUAUUUUUCUGCCCCAAGAAGUUAUUGACAUGACAGUAAGGCUGUCUGGCUCUGUGUGUAGCUGGUCUUGCUGCUCACCUCCUGUGGUGCUAGCCAGCUGGCAGUUGUUUGCUGUACAUUUGCCUUGUGAGAAUACAUACUUAUUGAAUACUCAAUUAAACACUGGUUGUAAUGUUAA